AUGCUGCCUGGGUCAUAUUCUCUUCGUUGUCUUCUGAUCUUCCUUUUUGUGUUCAUAUUACAAUGUGAAGGUGCUUUUGUACGGCGAUCUCCAUGCGAGACCUCAGUCUUGAACCGCUCGUCGGCCGUUAAUCUCCACAUUGACAGCAUACAUGGUUAUAUUCAUAGCUCCCAAGGUGCAAGCACAUUGUCAUUGACCCUGCUGGGUUUCUACAAUGCAUCACAGGUUACCUGUACCGACGUUCAAUUGACGGAGGAGCAUGACUUGCGCUUCCGAGUGCUCGGCUACCCAGUUGGCCGUCUAGAUCGGAUUCAAAAGCUGUGUUAUUCACCUCCGGCUCUUUGGAGGCUGCCGGAGUCUCUACAAGUCUCCAAAUGGGAGUUGACCUACUCCCUUGCAUAUGGUCGUCCACUUCAAACUCUUGCCGGGGAAUUUGAAUUCAGUCUACGUAAUGGCACUAAUAUUGGUUGUACGGCUGCCCGAAUCACUCCCGACAUUGGGGCUGCUUCCUCGGCAGCCUUUACCUACCUUCCAGCCGCCAUUAUCCUCCUGGUGGGCAUGGCUUCGUGGUGCAGACACACGCAGCAGCGAAGACGCUCAGUGCCGGAGCACGGAACCGCACCCACACCUCAGGAUUCAGUAAGAAAGAUUGUGGUCGACGUGGCCGACUACGUGCGGUACCUCCAGUUCAUCUUCCUGACUGGUUCCCUCACGAUGCAAUACCCGGGUUUCUUCCAGCCUAUCGUCAGCCAACUGGCGUGGUCAUCGCUGUUAUUUUGGAGCGGACCCAUCGACCACGGCUUCAGGUAUCCCGGGAUAGAAGACGGAAUUUACUCGACCAACGGUACUUGUGGACUGGAGUACAUGGCGCAGAAUCUCGGAUUUCCCUCCAUGUUAGAUAUCAUGUUCGACGCUCUGAUAAAUCUGUGCAUUGUCGUGUCUGCAAUCGUGGUUAUAUUGCUGGUGGGAUGGCUACUCAAGUCCGGAUCGCGACAUGGCGUAUCACUUGAUACUGUCCUUGUGCAAAUCCCAGAAGCAUGCCAUAGCAUUGUGGGCGUCACGCUUCUGUUCUUCAGCCUGCCUCUCUUGGCGUACCUGGCGUAUCCAUUUGUCCUCGUCGCAGAACUGCCCAGUUAUCGCAUUUGUCUGAUGGUCUUGAUGAUUGGGGUCCUCGUCGGCUCGAAUCUCUUCGUCGCUCGCUAUCAGACGAAACAGAAGCCCAGGAGAUCUGACCACAACUCGUCCAAGGCUUCCCCUCGGUUUGACACCGCCAUGGAAUAUAUCGCCCAUUAUCUUCUUUACUGCCUUCCACUCAUGCAAGGUCUAGCCAUCGGCGGUCUGCAGCUCUGGGGCUGGGUGCAGCUGCUCCUGCUCGGCGGAUGCGAAUUGAUCAUUCUCGCCCACCUCAUUCUUCAGCGACGGACGAAAUUUAUGCUUUCGAAAAGUGCCUGGUGUACUGCUGUCCGCUUGUUGACGCUCAUCUUGAGUGUUGCCUUUGUGUGCCCGUCUCGCGAAGUAACAAGACAAUGGAUCGGCUAUUUCAUCUUGGUUCUGCAUGGUGUGGUAGUCGUGUUCGGCUUUUUGUUCAUCUCGGUCUGGCAUAUAGGACGGUUCGCCAUUAAAGGAUUUGAUCGUAGGGUUGCCGACGAUCGAUGGGUGGGUUCAAGUAAAGUUCCGCAUUUGAAUCUCGCCGACCUCUCAAGCCCAAGUGACAAACGCCGGAACUUGGACGGAAAGGAUUUAGAGGUCAACUCCUUCGACAGCAUCUCCGAUCGCUACCGUCCAGGUUCCUCGCGCAGAAUCUACAGAGGUUUUGAGAGCUGUCCGGAUAUGCCGAACUCUCCUAAUUUGCCAGAAGCAACAGCACCAUAUUCACCAAACACUUCGACGUUUUACAGACCUCCGCGAUCACUCAAUGCCAGAGUCGCUUCUUACGAGUACGAGAAUACAAACCCUGAUUCCAUCAGUUCGGUUUUCGAGUCAUCCGAGUCGCCGCAGACAGAUUCCAGCUCGUCGCAACAUUCAAGCGACGCCUUUGACGAGCUGUUACAGUUGCCGAGAAAGUCGGGCAUCGACUAUUCAUUCCGUGAGUCGGAUUUGUAUUAUGGCUCGCGUCGUGGUGAGUCGGGGCCGUCACAAGAGUCAUCAAAUGAAAGCCCGGACGAGGGGCAGUCGAGUCGCCAGACAUUCCUGAAUUGGAAACGCAGUUCUACCGAGCGGUUCAAACAGAAGAAGACAAAGGAGAAGGGAUUUCAAGUGAUGAGACCACCGCGGCCAAUGUGA